CUCACCCUCACGUUGCCCGUGUGUAAAACUCAGACCCUGAGAUUAAAGACUGCUUCUUUUGGUGAGUGUGUGUGAGAGUCUGUGUGUGUGUGUGUGUGUGUGUGUGUGUGUGUGUGUGUGUGUGUGUGUGUGUGUGUGUGUGUGUGUGUGUGUGUGUGUGUGUGUGUGCGCGCGCGCGCGCGCGCGUGUGUGUGCGUGUGUGUGUGUGUGUGUGUGUGUGUGUGUGUGUCUGUGUCUGUCUGUGUGGAUGCAAUGGGAAGCAGCUCAUAAUCGUGGAGCUUUUCGCUUGAGUAAUUAAAGGAGCGUGGUGAAGAGGAGGGACUGUGGAGCAAGAGACCGUCUCCCAAGCAAAGAGAGAGAGAGAGAGAGAGAGAGGGAGAGAGAGUGAGAGAGAGAGAGAGAGAGAGAGAGAGAGAGAGAGAGAGAGAGAGAGAGAGAGAGAGAGCAGAUCUCUUUAAAAAAAAACAAUGCAAUCCAAUCGUCCCAGGAGCAUGCUGCAAAUAGUGGAAAGAAAAUAUAUAAUAUAGGAAGAAAAUUGCAUCACACAUAACCCAGCACAAACAGAAAGAGAGACACCGCCACACACUCUACUGGAGGCUACUUUUAAAAGAGGGAAUCUUUGGAUUCCUCAACAUUUUCCCAUUGAUUUCUGAAGUCCUCAUGAUUCUGUGGCAUUGAAAAGGAGAGACAGAGAGAACUCAGCCCGCAGGUUUCACGCAGGUUUUAAGCCAUGAUGGUGGAGUCUGCAUCAGAGGCAAUACGAAGCACUUCAGCCAAUCAGAACGGAGUUAGUAGUUUAAGCAGCCAGUCAGACGGUGGAGGUCGAGAAGGUAGUUCGAAUGGGGAUGCAAAUGGUGAAGUGAGCCCUGUGGACCUGUUGCAUUUGCAACAGCAGCAAGUUCAGGCCCUUCAAGCAGCGAGACAGCUUUUACUUCAUCAGGCAACGGGCCUCAACUCUCCGACUACGAAUGAGAAGCAGCAGCAAACAGUCCAGGUGCCCGUGUCAGUGGCCAUGAUGAAUCCACAGGUGAUCACCCCGCAGCAGAUGCAGCAGAUCCUGUCCCCUCCCCAGCUGCAAGCCCUAUUGCAACAGCAGCAGGCCGUCAUGUUACAGCAGCUUCAGGAGUAUUACAAGAAGCAACAGGAACAAUUGCAUCUACAGCUGAUAACCCAACAGCAACAGCAGCAGCAACAGCAGCACCAACAACAGCAGCAACAACAGCAAACUGUCAAACAGCCAAAAGAGCAGCUGGGAAGCAAGCAGCUUGCCUUCCAGCAGCAGAUUCUUCAAAUGCAACAGCUUCAGCAACAGCAUCUUCUGAACCUUCAACGACAGGGCCUCGUGACGCUGCAGCCUGGGCAGCCCACUGUCCCGCUGCAGACCCUGGCACAAGCGAUGUGUCCGGCAGACUUCCAACAAAUGUGGAAAGAAAUGACUGGUGUACAAAGCAUGGAGGACACGCCGAAGAGUGAAAGCCUCGACCUCUCAACCAACAGCUCUACUUCUAGCUCCUUCCUAGCCCCAAAGAUCUCACCGUCAAUACCCCACCAUUCCUUGCUGAAUGGGCAGAAUUCCAUCCACACUCCAAAGAGAGAAAGCUUGUCACAUGAAGAAGCCCCUGGUGUUCACCCCUUGUUUGGACAUGGAGAAUGCAAAUGGCCUGGCUGUGAAGCUCUCUGCGAUGAUAUGGGACAAUUUCUAAAGCACCUCAACAAUGAACACGCUCUCGACGAUCGCAGUACAGCCCAGUGUCGAGUACAGAUGCAGGUUGUCCAGCAACUUGAAAUUCAGCUGUCUAAGGAGACGGAACGUCUUCAGGCCAUGAUGGCUCACCUGCACAUGAGACCAUCUGACCCAAAGCCUUUUGCCCAGCCUCUGAAUCUGGUCUCAAAUGUCACACUUUCCAAGAGUACGUCAGACAUUUUCCCGGAAAGUUUACCUCACACGCCAACCUCAGCUGCCACGCCAAUCACCCCCAUAAGGCAAGGGCCCUCGGUAAUCAGCUCACCAAGUUUACACAAUAUGGGAGCCAUUAGACGGCGGCAUUCUGAUAAGUACUGCAUGCCGAUAUCUUCAGAGCUUGCCCAGAAUCAUGAGUUUUACAAGAACGCUGAUGUUCGGCCACCCUUUACAUAUGCGUCCCUCAUCAGACAGGCAAUCUUGGAAGCUCCAGACAGACAGUUGACACUCAAUGAAAUUUAUAACUGGUUUACAAGAAUGUUUGCAUACUUCCGGAGAAACACGGCCACGUGGAAGAAUGCUGUGCGUCACAACCUCAGUCUUCACAAGUGUUUUGUACGAGUGGAGAAUGUAAAAGGGGCGGUCUGGACGGUUGAUGAACUAGAGUACCAAAAGAGAAGGCCACCAAAGAUGACUGGAAGUCCAACCUUAGUUAAGAAUGUGAUUACAGGACUUGGAUAUGGUGGAGCACUUAACUCAAGCUACCAGGCAGCUUUGGCUGAAAGCAACAUGCAGCUGCUCAACAGCCCGACCUUAAUGAACACAUCAGCCAGCGGCCUGAUGCACGUGGGUCACGAUGAUGUCAGCAGCACUGUGGAGCAAGUGAACAGCAAUGGAAGCAGCAGUCCAGGGCUCUCCCCUCAACAGCACGGACACCAAGUGCACAUCAAGGAAGAGCCCGCAGAGCUGGAGGAGGAUGACCCGCCUGUCUCUCUCAUCGCAGCAGCCAAUGUGAAUUCAGAAAUGCAGGAAGCUAGAGAGAUGGAGGAGGAGCUAACAACAGAAGAAUUGGAAUAGAAUGGAACUCGAGCACUUCAAGUCAUUUUUAAAAAAAAGAUAAAAACAAAACAGGGUCAGACCUCUCACCUGCACAUCCACCCAACAACAACUCCUGGUCCUGACUCAUCUGGACUGAGGGAUGAAGCCAAGGAGCCAGCUCUUCAAUGCCAACAUAUACUCAAAGUUUCCAACCGCAAUUCUGAUUGUCCUCUAAUAAUGGAGCUAUGGAACACAAACCAAUUUGUUGGGUGUAGAUUGAACAGCUCCAAAUUUUUGAAGUGAAGCUGAUGACUAUUAUUUUCUUCCUUUUCUUCCCAAAUGUUUUGCCGCUAAUACAGAGAUGGCUACUAGUCUUCUGAACUGGCAGGUAGUCACCACAGGCCUGUGAUGUGAAUAAUGUUGCUUAUUCACCAUUAGGGCCAAAAAAAAACAGACAUUUUCAACCUGCUUUAAAGGUACCUCAAUUUGAAUAUUUUCUAUUCAAUGCUGUAGAUAGCUCAACAGGCACAUUGUAUUUAUGCAGAGGGUAACUGCAGAACUGUUUGUGGGAUAUCUGAACCCACUCACUUGAGUUAACAUCUGAGGAGAUCCAAAUGAACGAUCCACCCAGGACAGCGUUAAUGUCUUUAAACUUCCACUGCUAUUUUAGCUUUUGUGUUUAUAUCGGGUCAGAGUAACGGGGUGGGGCGGGAGGGUGG